AUAACCUUUAAGAACGAGGUGGGCCAGUAUGACCUGGAGGUGACCACCUUCCAGCUGGCUGUGCUGUUUGCCUGGAACCAGAGGCCGAGGGAGCGGAUCAGCUUUGAAAACCUUAAGUUAGCUACGGAGCUGCCCGAUGCAGAGCUGCGACGCACUCUCUGGUCGCUGGUGGCGUUUCCCAAACUCAAGCGGCAGGUGUUGUUGUACGACCCGGUGGUGUCUUCACCCAAAGACUUUGCAGAAGGAACACUAUUCUAUGUCAACCAGGAGUUUUCUCUCAUAAAAAACUCAAAGGUUCAGAAAAGGGGGAAGAUUAACCUGAUUGGUCGGCUGCAGCUCACCACGGAGCGAAUGAGAGAGGAGGAGAACGAAGGCAUUGUCCAGCUCAGGAUACUAAGAACACAGGAGGCCAUAAUCCAGAUCAUGAAGAUGAGGAAGCGCAUCAACAACGCCCAGCUGCAGACGGAGCUGGUGGAGAUCCUAAAGAACAUGUUUUUACCACAGAAGAAGAUGAUCAAGGAGCAGAUCGAGUGGCUGAUAGACCACAAGUACAUAAAGCGGGAUGAGACGGAUAUAAACACCUUCAUCUACAUGGCAUAGCACAGCACAUUAGGAUGACUUGUGUUGACUUUGGUUUCAGUGGAUCAGGCCUGAUGGACACUAGAAUACUUCCAGGCUCCCCGUCCUCUAUUUAAAAAACACAAAAACAAAACAAAAAAAAAUUCAAAUCUUGUGCAGGGAGGCAUGAAUUUAAGACUGAGACCUAUUUACAAAAAAAAGUGGAACUUCCUGCCUUAAAGUUGUAUAAAGAAAAAAGAUAAAUGCAGUGGGAGUCUUCACCAAGUGGUCAUAACUGUUUUUAGUUGAAGGGAGUUUCCUUUGCUGUCCAGAUGAGGCUGUUAAUUGUGAAUGGUCUGUUUUUGAUGCCAUGGUGUGUCAUCUGGGCAGCUACUACGACACUCCUGCUUGCACAAGUCUAAAGGCAUGCUGACAGGAAAAGCUGAGGAACUCGAAAUAUCUGCAGUCCAGUUUUAAUCCACGUCAAAUCCAGAUCAUCUGAAUCUUGAACAAAACGCUGCCCUUGUCCUCCGAAAAGCAACGCUGCUAUUACCCAGCCAGUUGGUUUUAUCACGGGGGCCCUGACUCUCUGCAGUCACGGUUAAAGUGAUCAAACACUUAAUCCGGACAUUCAAAGUGUAUAAAAAGCCAGAUAAACACUUCACAGUUUGCAGGACUGAACCAGACGGCAAUGUAGAGCCAACCGAAAAGCCUCUGUCCCUGGGUCAAAGUGAGAAUGUGGGGAAAAUUAGCAUAUUGCUAACAUCCGGAAUCAGAGUCCCUUUACCAAAUGCACCCAGGGACAGAGGUGGAGUUGGAAUCGCACUGGGAGCUCAGCUCAAGUUUGCAACAGUCCUCUCUUCUGCAGGAAGCCUGGGAGAGGAGGCUGAGGUCAGUAUUACAUGUGGUAAAUACUACAAUUGAAAGCUGUAAGAGAGUGUACCAUGAGAUGUGAAUAAUGAAAUGAUUAAAUAAACAGCACCUUAUUAUAAAAAUA